UGGCCUCGUGUGCGACUACCGCCACCCUGCUCGGAAGAUGAAGCGCGUCUUUGGUGCCGUGUCUGGCGCUUUCAGAUCCCUCGUUCCCAAGGCAACCGCGCCGGCCGCACAUCACCAGGAAUCAGUUCGGAAGGCGAUGGAGUCUCUCGCGCCCCCGGGCAGGAGGUUGCCGUCCGAGAGCAAGACGCUGGCGAUGGAGCUCGUGGCGGCUGCUUCAGAGGGGGACAAGGAGAAAGAACUCUCGCUGAAGACCCCAGAGGAAAUGUUCCUCGCUGCUAACGCUUUGCAUCAGGGCAAACACAUACCGGCGGACAAGGAGACCGCCUUUGCGCUCUGGAAGAAAGCAGCAGAAGCCGGCCACCCCAAAGCCAUGUACUCGUACGCCGGCUGCUUGAGGAACGGGGACGGCACUAAGAAAGACCUUCCCACCGCGGUGUCGCUGUUCGAGCGAUUGGGGGACCAGGGCUUGCUUGAAGCCAAGCACGCGCUAGGGCUAGUGUUGUCGUCGGGCGAGGGGGAGGAUGUGGGAAUCCCGCAGGACGAGGAGCGUGCGCUCGAGCUCUUCAAGGCCGCUGCCACUGGCGGCUUCGUUCCCGCGAUACACGCCGCGGCAUCCAUGAUGGAGGCUGGCAAGGGGGGAGAGAAGGAGGACGCCAAAGCCGUCCAGUGGUUGGAGGUGGCCAUGGAGGCUGGGGAUCCCAUGGCGUACUCUACCCUCGCAACGUGGUAUACAGCUGGCAGGGCGGGCCUAGAAUUGGAUCACAAGAAGGCUUUCGAGCUACACCUUCAGGCGGCCAACAUGAACAUGCCCCGAGCGCAGUACAACACGGCCGUUCACUACCUUGAAGGCACCGGAAUCGAGCAGAACCUCCCGGAAGCGGCGGCAUGGUUCGAAAGAGCGGGGGCCUUGGGAAUGCCGCAGGCGAUGCUCAACCUAGGGAAAAUGUUGGAGAACGGUAUCGGUGUCGAGGUGGAUCGAGAGCGAGCUUUAAAGCUGUACCAGGCGGCCUUGCGCGCCGAGGGGCAGCUGGAGGGAGGCUUGGCGACGGCCGGGGAUGACACAAUGGCUGCGCUGUUCGAGGCAAAGCAAGAGGGGCUUUCGUCGGAAACGAAGAAAGGGAAUAUCGCACGAGGAGACCAAGCAGACGAGCACGGAGAAGAUCAAGGCGUGAAACGGCUAGGCGAAUCCUCCUCUUCUUCGUCCGAAAAGGCUUCUGCAUGACACGCAUGCAUGCAUGAACGUCUCGAGUUGCUGCAUAGCGCACGAGGCCAUGCGCGAGACCCGUUCGUUUACGAAGUGGUGCCCGUCAACAGGACACCUAUCGCGUAGCGGCGCACAGGGGUUGUAGUGAACUCCUUCUAAUUCCGCGGGUGCGUAGGUUACCUUGCAGUUAAAGGCCGACGGUGUGCUGCUUGUAGCGACCGUAUCGAUC